CUGUGCCGGCUGUGACAGUAGAACAAUUGCAGUUUGUUUAUAAUCGUAGAAAUUGUUAUAAGGGUAGUAUAUUUAACAAUUGUUUUGAAUUAGUGAAUUCAAUUUUAAUAGAGUUUAAAAAAGAUGUCUUCUUUAUCGGGCGUCCGCGUGAAUCUCUUCAACGAGAAUUUCCUUAAUGAAUCCGAACAGGAUGCCAAUUCGGUGUUGACAGAACUGGAUAAAGGAUUACGCUCUGCAAAGCUAGGUGUGCAGUGCGAAGCUAUUGUACGUUUUCCCAGACUGUUUGAAAAGUAUCCAUUCCCAAUAUUAAUCAAUUCUUCGUUUCUGAAAUUGGCGGAAUUUUUUUGGAACGGUUCCAAUCUUUUACGAUUUUGGGUAUUACGUGUAUGCCAACAAAGUGAAAAUCAUUUGGAUAAAAUUUUGAAUAUCGAAGCAUUUGUCAAACGUAUAUUUAUGGUUAUACACUCGAAUGAUCCUGUUGCGCGUGCAUUAACUUUACGGACCUUGGGCGCUGUGUCACGUGUAAUACCGGAAAAACAGCAAGUACAUCAUGCUAUACGGCGAGCAUUAGACAGUCAUGAUACAGUAGAGGUGGAAGCCGCAAUAUAUGCGAGUGGUCAGUUUGCGGCACAAUCCCGUUCGUUUGCAAUUAGUAUGUGCGCUAAAAUUUCCGAUAUGAUUGAAUCAUUACAAAUACCAGUACCGAUGAAGUUACAACUCAUUCCAGUAUUAAGGCACAUGCACCACGAUUCGAAUACAUCCACGUUGGUAAAAGACCUUUGUCUUAAUUUGCUACCGAAGUACCCAGCCGAAAGCUUCGUGGUGGCUAUACUUGAUACCCUCACUCAACUUUCGAUCCGUACAUUAACCGGUGUGCCAGACCAAGUAAAAUUGUUGCUCGACUUUUUACAAGAUAAACGAAAGCCUGUCCGUGCGCAAGUGCUGAAGUCACUCACACAACUAGCUGAUCCACAGUGUGUACAUGCCUGGCCCAAAAAUACCAUGAGUGAACUUAUAGUAAAGGCACAAGGUUGUGAGGAUUCACGUGAGCAAUACCUUUAUUUAAAUAUACUGUUAAAACUAUGUGAUUGCCCACUAACUUGUCACGCAUUCUUAAACGAAGAGCAAGAAUCAGUGACCGAGUUGUGUCUUACAUGUAUUUGCUUAGAUGACUAUGCCACCGCCAGUCAAGCGAUGUCAAUCUUAGCCGCUCUUAUGACUUACUCGGGCGGUGACAAACAAAUUACAUCCAAUAUUAUGGAAAUAGUAAAUAUACACAUGGAAGGUUUAAUAUUCUGCAUGGUCGGUGAAAAAGAAAAUGAGCGCGAAUUGAAGAAAAUACUUUGUUGUGGUAUUAAAAUAGCCAGUGUUAACACAGAAUUCGGUACAGAUUUUGUUAAUAUGUUGGCUGACUUAAUCACGGAAGAAGUAGAAUACCCACCUCGGAAUGCUGAAAUGAUGUGCGAUGCACUAGGCGCACUUGGUUCGCAUUUUCAAUUGCGGAAAUUCGCAGUAAAACCAUUGUGUACGGAUGAACCCAUGGACAUUGAUGACGUGCAGCCAUCAACUUCGGCACUGGUUGCAUUGUCAGCGCAAGUGAAGGCUGACGCUGGGGGCGCUGCGAAUGAAGACGAAGACAAAUCUGCCGUCACAUGUGGAGAGCCAACUGAAAACCCAGUGCUUAAUCGUCUGCUUUUCAUUUUACACAAACUUAAUGCAAUAAUGGAUGCUGGCGCAAAAGAAGAUCAAUUACAUACGGUUGAAAUUUUAGCGUCCGUUGCUUUGCAGUCGAUGAUUGGUUGUUUCAUACCCAAGCAAGUUAUAGAAUGUUUUGAGCGUAGCUGUAGCAAAGUUAAUUGUUGGAAUCAAUAUCGCAUAGCAAGAUCUGCCAGCCGUUUUGGUCAACAUUAUCUUGCUGCACAUAUGUUUUCCAAAAUAUCGCAGAUCACUGUAGUGGACAAACUACAUUUCUUUUUGAUGGGUUUAGCACAAAUGGGAAAAGCUGAGUGCAUACUGAACUACGGUGUGGAGUAUGAAUAUAUGCGCGACAACUAUGAGCAAUGUGCACCUUUACAAGCCAACGUGCAGUCAGAAGAUAAAGUUACGAACACAACAACUACUGCGCUAAAGCAGAUGCCUCUCAUGCAGCGUUUAGAAUCCUCCAUCAAUUUGUACUGGCAAGCGCUUGCCAGUCUGCGUGCUAGUUCAUCGCCAGCCAAUCCGCUUACCUUUCAGCUGGAGUAUCUAAAAUUACGUGCACAAUUUUUACAGACACUUUAUAUGGCAGUUACAGUGAAAAAUGCGCAAAUCAUUGUGCCACCCCCGGCAAUCGCAGGCAGUUUGGCGCAAAAUUCACGCGAUUACUUGCAAAAAUUCGGACAUGUUACAAAUCAGUUGCGUAAACUAGUGAAGGCAUUGAAAAGUUGUGAAGAAUCAUAUUCACGCCUCUACAAAUCGGCGUUCGAUGCGGAUCCAGUUACGUUAGAGUUUUUGGAAAUAGCCGAAUAUCAAUGUGCUUUGUUCGCACACAUCGUUGAAACGAUCUGUUUUGCCACACCCUCAGAUCCACCGACUUUUUUAACUACUGACCAAUGUCCAGAAACUCGCUAUUUUGCGUCCUGCUGUCAUCGCAUGGAACAAAUGCAACGCAAUUUACCACAAGAACCAUCGAACGCGAAGACUAUAAGUAAUCGUCACUUGGAAAUUAUUCUUUCUGAAAUAGAGUUGAUCACUAAAACUCCUUUAUGCUUGCCGCGUUAUUUCUUCCAAGUUCUACAAUCUACACAGAUCAAAUUAUCUGUUAGUCCGCAGCCACGUAGUCCAGGUGAACCAGUACUAGUUCAAUCUGGCAGUAAUUUAGUAAUUAAAGUAGAAGGAGUCAUUCAGCAUUAUGGUAAACGACGUUCCAUGUAUCGCAGUGUAGAUGCUGUACAGCUAACACUAACAUCACAACUUGUUACACCUCGUCCUGCAAAUGAAACGCCCAAGUCUGCAACAUCUGAUACAGUGACACUGACACAAACGGUUAAACCACAACGUGACUUCUUGACUGGUAGUUUUCUUUUGCCGAUUUCAAGUGGUGGCCAAUGGCAGGUUACCUUGGAAACCUAUGUAAUCGAUGAGAAUGGCAUCACAUGGUGUACGGGACCGAAAAACUCAAUGCUUGUCCGUUUGUUAGAAGAUCCCGCAAAAGCAGCAGCACCAACGCCAUCAACAUCAGCGCAGGCUGGUCAGACACGUAGAUUUUAAAUGAAUAUAUGAACUGAAUUAUGGUGGAAAUGUACUAAAGUGUGUAUUAAAUAUGUUUAGUACUUAUCGAAAUAUUGUAGUUGCAUCGAGGUUUUUUACAGCACUAAUUUUUAUUUUACUCGUAUAUCAACAACUUUAAUUAUUAUUAUAAUAAAAAUUAAUUGAACAAUUAUA